CAAGCAAAAAAUACAACUAAACCUACAAUCAACAAAUUAGGUAAAAAGUCAGGCAACUCAAUAUACGAAUAUCACAAAGACAAUUUCGGUCUGUAGAUUAAAGUAAGAGUUAAGAGUAGAUCUGUUGUACAAAAAACUUGAGCUACUUGUCACAAUUGUCAAUCGUUGAAAAUUGACAAAAAUAAAAAUUCAUUUCAAACAUUUUGUGUAAUUUUUUUGACGACAUGGCCGAGGCAAGCGAUAAAAUGAUUGUGGACGAUAAUGAGCCUGCAACAUUCGGUCAACCGUUGAGCAAUUUUCUGCUCCAACUGGAAGACUACACCCCGACAAUACCGGACGCUGUAACAGCCCAUUUUUUACGAACUUCUGGAUGUGAGGCAAAAGACCCGAGAUUAAUUCGACUGAUUUCAAUCGCUGCUCAAAAAUUCAUAUCAGAUAUUGCGAAUGAUGCUCUCCAACAUUGCAAAAUGCGGUCUAGUAACUCGUCCAACAGUCAUGGGGGCUCAAAGGGAUCUAAAGGUUCCAAGGAUAAGCGUUAUUGUUUAACUAUGGAGGAUUUAACACCGGCUUUGGCCGAGUUUGGGAUUACCAUUAAAAAGCCACAUUAUUACGUGUAGUGUAUUAGUUUAUUUUUCUUGUAUUCUUUCCAAUAAAAUUAUUUAAAGUACAA